AUGGCAACCCCCCAACCCUCCCCCAAAUCCUACGGCAUCGUCCUCUUCCCCCAAUUCGAAGUCCUCGACGCCGCCGGGCCCCUCGAAAUCCUCAACAUGCUCGCCUUCCUCUCGCAAAACGACGAGAUGAAACUCAGCGUCAUAGCGCAAACACUCGACCCCGUCAACCCAGGCCCAAUCGCCCCGGCGACUCUAAGUGCCAACUUCAACGGCCAGCAGCACUACCUGCCAACGCACACGUUCGACACGGCGCCGCCUUUGGACGUUCUCAUAGUUCCUGGAGGACGAGGGACGCGCGCUUCUGACGAGACUUUGAAGCCCUUGCUGGGUUUUCUUCGUACUACUUAUCACGGUCGAGAAGGCGUCAAACCCCUACAAUACAUCUUCAGCAUCUGCACCGGCUCCCUCCUGCUCGCGAAAGCAGGCAUCCUCACCGGCCAUCGCGCCACCUCCAACAAGAAAGCGUGGGACCUCGUGACGCGCAGCCCGGAGAGCGGGCAGACGCACUGGGUUGCGAAGGCAAGGUGGGUCGUGAGUGGGAAUGUGUGGACUACGUCCGGGGUGAGUGCGGGGAUUGAUGGCAUGGUGGCGCUGGUGGGGGAGGUAUAUGGUGAGGAGACGGCGGGGAAGGUGUGUGAUGCUGUGGAGCAUUCGCGGGUUAGGGAUGCGGGGGAUGAUCCGUUUGCGGAGAUGAAUGGGUGUCGGGAUGUGCUGCCUGUGGGAUGA